CCUGCCCACUUUAAAAUGGCUACAGUCAUUGGAUUUGAGGGCAGUGCCAAUAAGUUAGGAAUAGGUAUCAUAAGAGAUGGAGUAGUUCUCUCUAAUGUUAGACACACUUAUAUAACGCCUCCUGGUCAAGGAUUCCAACCAAAGGACACUGCCAAGCACCACAGGGACCACAUACUACCAGUGCUGAAGCAAGCACUGAAGGAUGCUGGUAUAAGUCCAGCUCAAAUUGAUUGUGUAUGCUAUACCAAAGGACCAGGAAUGGGAGCUCCCCUCGUUACUGUUGCCGUGGUAGCAAGGACAGUGUCCCAGUUAUGGUGUAAGCCUCUUCUUGGUGUGAAUCAUUGUAUCGGCCAUAUUGAAAUGGGGCGAUUGAUAACUGGAGCUGUUAAUCCAACAGUCCUAUAUGUCAGUGGUGGUAAUACUCAAGUCAUUGCUUAUUCACGUAAAAGGUAUAGGAUCUUUGGAGAAACCAUUGACAUUGCUGUUGGAAACUGUCUUGAUCGAUUUGCACGAGUUCUUAAACUAUCGAAUGACCCAAGCCCUGGCUAUAACAUUGAGCAGCUGGCAAAGAAAGGAGAGAAGUACAUUGAACUACCUUACACUGUCAAAGGAAUGGACGUGUCAUUCUCUGGUCUAUUGUCUUAUAUUGAGUCGGUGGCUAAACAGAAAUUAGAGAAAGGAGAGUGUAGCCAGGCUGACCUGUGUUACUCUUUGCAGGAGACUGUGUUUGCAAUGUUGGUUGAGACCACAGAGAGGGCAAUGGCUCACUGUGGGUCUGAUGAGGUACUCAUUGUAGGAGGAGUGGGUUGCAACGAGCGACUGCAGGAGAUGAUGGGGGAGAUGGUGAGUGAGAGAGGAGGGAGGGUCUAUGCCAUUGAUGAGAGAUACUGCAUUGACAAUGGAGCAAUGAUAGCUCAAGCUGGAGCUGAGAUGUACUCUUCACUCAAUAAAUCAGGAGGUUGGGGUACCAGUGAUUGUGUGGGAAUCAGUGGGUCUUGGUGCACUCAGAGGUACAGAACUGAUGAAGUAGAAGUGACUUGGAGACACUGAACAUAAUGGACUCUAAAUAAUAAUGAAUUAAUGAUAAUGAUACUUUUCAUUAAAA